GCUAUGUAUCAAAAUCCCAAAUUCUCUCUCUCUCUCGCUCCCCUCUUACCCUGCUCAAGUUUUCCCCUACCCCUACCCCCCCGACCAUCACUUAUAUACGGUUUAUACUCGCAAACCUCAAACCCCUCUUCUACUCUCUAAAUAAUUACGCGCCAAAACAGGUGUUGUUGGAUUCCCCUCUUGAUACGGCGAUGUCCAUGGAGGUUUAGAGCCUUCGAUGGAGUCGACGCUGCUGAUUGGUUCGGCUGAGGCGGAAUCGGAGGGCGUUGCGGCGCAGAAGCGGCGAUCAAUUGAGGACUGUUAUGUGUUGAAGGAGGCUUCGAACAAGAGGAUUAAGGGAGGGGUGAAUGGGGAUGUGAGGAGGGUGGCGGAGAUGGUGUUGGUGUUGGCAGCGAUGGGGAAGAUGAGGGGAGGAAGGGCCCCCACUGACGCGGAGAAGGACUUGAUGGCGGAGGCGCGGAGUAGGUUGGUUAAGGUUUGUGAGGGUUUUGCGCCCAAGGAUGUGUUCCCGAGGGAUGCUUUUGGGGGUGUGAUUGAGGAUUUGGGGUUGAGUAUGUUGAAAGAACAGAGGCUAGGGUUUCGCCCUCCUAAAAUGUCCAUUGCUCAGAAGUUGCUUGUCUCGAAAAGGAAGAUGGAAAAAGCAGAAGAUUUUUCACUACCAUCUACUCCACAUUCAUCUCAACGUCUGCAAGGGAAUUCUGGUAAAACAGUUGAAAGUCAUAGUGUAUUACAUCAAGUUCAAACAUCUCAGUCAGAUAAAUCAGGUCACAUGCCUAUAUCUUCUGGAAAUUUCCAAUCUGCUUCACCUUCUCUCCGUAGUACCACAGUAAAUUCUACAUCUUUGCCAUAUCAGCUUCCUACAAAUGAUAUAAGACCAGUGGUCUCCAGUGCUUUGCCCUUGGGCCAUUUGGGUUCAGCAUCACUGCCAAGAGUUGACAGGCCAAAUCUGAGAUCAGAUCAAGCAAAUUACUCUGUUAAUUCAUCUGUGAGGACUCCAACCUGGUCAGUGCGACCUCCAUCUGUUUCAUCAGCCACGAUUGGAUUAGAUAAUAAGGUGCCUGCUAAUAUUUCCCUUAAAGUAGAGGGAAUUGGUGAUGUUAAAUCUGGAUUGGCCUCUCAAAUGAUGCCUCAGACAGUUAUUUCUCCGAAGCCAGCUGGACUACCUGCACGUGGCGCUAAUCAUAUGCAGGCUUCUAUAGGAAAUAUCCAUGCUGAUGUUGGUAGGAUCGUUCAGAAAUUACUGCAACCCAAGGUUUCUGACCAACACACUUGGAUUCCACCUUCUAGGGAUUAUAUGCAUAAGGCUUUGACUUGUCAGAUGUGCAUGUCUACUAUAAGUGAGAUAGGUAGUGUACUCAUUUGCGAUGGUUGUGAGAAAGGGUAUCACUUGAAGUGCCUCCAGACUACUAACCAGAAAGGAGUUCCAAGAGGGGAGUGGCAUUGUGGAAAGUGCUUGUCUUUAAGCAAUGGGAAACCCCUGCCUCCUAAAUAUGGUCGUGUCUUGAGAAACAUGAACACAUCAAAGUUGUUUCCAAAUUCAGCAGUUGUUCCAUCCACUUCAAGUGAAAAAAUUGGUGCUUCAGAAGAGAAGGUUGGGCAGCCAAAAGGGACAGUCAAUGCGAACACCUCAAUGCAAAAUGUUCCUACUGGAGCUGUGGAAAAUAAUUUUAGCCAUCAGAUAUCUGGGUCAAAGAGAGAAGAUGCUAAAGGAAUGCAACCGACUGAUAUUAUCUCAAGUAGGGUUGAGAUAAAUGAUAAAGUACCUUCAAAAGGAUGCCCAGAUAAUAUGAUGAAAACCUCCAGUUCUGCUUCUGUUCCAUCUGUGAACUCAACGCCUGAUGAAAUUUGUAAUGACAAAAAGGUAGAAUUAAAACCAAAUCUCCCUGCAAUGAUAGAGAUGGUUCCUGAUAUGUCUGGAAAGUCUGUGAAAAUGCAAAAUGGUGAAGCAAAUACAUUACAGCAAUCUCUAGAAAAUGAUGAUAUGGUUAGGGAUCCGCAAGAAUCUCAUGGUGAUGAGAAUUUAAACCAUAAGCCAAACCUACUGAAGGAGGGAGAGGCGGUGCGUGAUAAUUCUUCAGAAAUUGUUUCUAGUUCUGGGUUUAUGAGCCAGGGCAUGUCUCCCUCAGAUGGUUUACAUGCUGUCAAUUGGGUUGGUGACCCAGUUCAAGCGUUGGAUGAGAAAAUCUAUUACACCUCAUGCAGCAUCAAUGGACAUGUUUAUAAAGUUAUGGAUCAUGUUCUUAUUCACUUUGACAAUGACAAACUUAUACCUUCAAAGCUUCAGGCUAUGUGGGAGGAUAACCAUACUUCAAAGAAGUGGGUAACAGUAAAACGGUGUUACUUUCCUGGUGAUUUGCCAGAGGCUGUUGGCCGUCCAUGUCUCCUGGAAAGCAGUGAGGUUUAUGAGUCUAAUUGUGGUAGAACAGUGAUGGCUGGAUUAAUUCAAAGCCCAUGUGAUGUCCUUCCUGCAAAAAAGUUUGCUGAAGAGACUGAAAAGAGAUGUCGUUCAGGGGCACAGCAGGAUGACCUCUUGCCUCCACUUUAUCUGUGCAACUGGAUUUUCGACGAAUCGAAAGGGCUGUUUCGUGAUAUUUCCUGUUAAAUUUCCUAGGCAUAUCAUAGGUCUGAAGAAUAUGUGUGCUGCCCUUCCGCUCAUUCUAAUCAGGUAGCUUGUUGAUGUAGUUGCAGUGAAGCAGGGGUGUUCUAAUUCAGCUCUGUACAAUAUGUAGCUUUAUUUGUAGUCUGUAUUAGUUCAUUGGUUAGGUAGAUAAGGACCAGGGGAUUGAACCAUGGUAACAUCCAAUUUUUUUUAACAACUCGAAUAAAAGACAUUUUUUCA